AAAAACUGGGGACAUGCCUAGAGCCCCAGGAGAACUUGCUGAGGGCUGUUCGGGAAGGAGCCUGCCACGAAGCCUGCACCAGGGGACAGGAUGGAGGAGAAUUUUUCCUGCCAAGUCAAGAAGAUGGCGCUGGCCUUGGGAACCUCUCUGACGGACAUGGAUAUUGACCGGCUGCCCUCGGAGCUAAGACAUCACGCUGCCUUCAACUACAGCAAGUUCUUCGAGUACAUGCAGAAGUUCCAGACGUCGAGCGAGCAGGAGGAGCAGGUGCGCAAAGCUUUCCGGCUCCUGGACAAGGACAACAGCGGCUUCAUCGAGUGGAAUGAGAUCAAGUACAUCCUGUCCACCGUGCCCAGCACCAUGCCUGCGAGGCCCUUGUCAGACGAGGAGGCUGAAGCUAUCAUCCAAGCGGCUGACACAGAUGGGGAUGGGAGGAUUGAUUUCCAAGAGUUCUCCGACCUGGUCACGAAGGAGAAGAUCCCCAAGAAGAAGUGAGGCAGAGGAGAAGGAGAAGGAGGAGCGCCCCACUCCCUGGCACCAGGCCGCCUGCUUUGGGGGCAGCCCCCCGCAGAGGCCACCGCUGGCUGCCCGUGCAGCACUGUGCUUGUCCUGUGUGUUCUGUCGCCUAGACCCCAGUG